UCUAUGUACUUUCUAAGACCUUCGUGACAUGACAUCAUUUGUACAAAAACCUCUGACUCAUGAAUAGCUCAGCAGAGUUAGAUAACGUUUGUUAUAGCUGUACUUCUUACAAACUAAAUAGCUAAUUAUUGCUAGCUAAUUAUUUGUGGCUCUUUCAAAACAAGUUUUUAAGAAGACGUGAUACCCUGACUACAAUUUAGAAAUGUCUCCUGUGCAGCCUACAUAAGGAUGAUGAAGAAUCACGAAGAAGAUGAAUUUGUUGCAGUGCGGGUCCAAGACCCUCGGGUUCAGAAUGAAGGCUCUUGGAACUCGUACGUGGACUUCAAGAUAUUCCUUCACACCAACAGCAAGUCCUUCACUGCCAAGACGUCCUGUGUGCGCCGGCGCUACAGUGAGUUUGUCUGGCUCAAGAAGAGGAUGCAGAAAAACACUGGCUUGGUACCUGUCCCAGACCUGCCCAGCAAGUCCUUCUUCUCCUUCAGUAGUGAGGACUUCCUGGAGAAGAGGAGGAAAGGCCUGCAGUGCUUCCUGGACAAAGUGUGCAGCAUGACAGUGUGUCUGUCAGACAGCCAGCUCCACCUCUUCCUGCAAACCCAACUGCCGGUUGGUCACAUCCUAGACUGUGUGCAGGGCCACACCCCCUACACUGUGACAGAGGCCAUCCUCACCUAUGCCUCGUCCAACCAGGGCUGGGUUCAGGAAGAGGAUUCGACCCAGGAGCCUAGUCUCACUCCAGUUCCUUAUGAGUCCCUGGAGAGCCCUGCCCCUCAUCUACCUACCCUGCAAUGUCAAGAGCCCCUCAGCCCUGUGAACCUCGCCUCCAGUGAGCCAGAGGGCCUACGGACUGAGAAGUUCCUAGCUGACGCUGAUGACAUAGACACUGUGGAGACCCUUUCCCCAGAGGUCACCCAGGAGGACCGCAAUGUAGUCCAGGCAGAGCCCAUCCUGGAGAUACACAGCCCAGUGGAGACUAUCUUUAAGUGGGGCAGCCAUGAAGAAUCUAUUCCAGAGAGGCUCGACCAUGAGGCGAUGAUCCACCACCAAGGUGAUUGUCAACUGCAGACACCUGUGGAAGUGCACUGUGAAAAGGACACAGGCUUGGAGGAGGAGUGUGUAGUGGAGGUGAUGACUGAGAGGGUCAUUAGGGAGGAGAGCCAUGCUGACAUAACUACAGAGACAAUCCCUCCCAAACAGAGUAACCUAGACCCAGAUAGCCACGAGGAACUGAUCCACCAAGGGGAACAGACACCUGAGGAAGAGGCCACAGGCCUGGAGAAGGAGUAUGUAUCAGAAGAGGCCAUUACUGACACGACUACAGAGACGAUCCCUCCCAAACAGCGUAGCCCAGAGCUAGAUAUCCAUGAGGAAACUCCUGGGGAUGGAGUUCGAGAUGGAGAUGGAGUUCUAGAGGACCUUAGCCUUGCGGAGGAAGCUCAAGAAAGCAUCAGUCAUGAGAAGACAACCUCGGAAGGGGACAGCAACAAAGACACAGUAACAGCCAUUGAGCUGGACAGCCAAGGGCACAUGGAUGAGAUUAACUCCCACAUAGAGAUCAGCCUAGAGGAAGAGUGUCAUGAGAACACAUCAGAAGAGGUGGAACGUGUUGAUGACUCAACCCAAAGGGUAGAAAGUGGAGAUGAGACAACCCAGAAGAAGAAGGCUCCCUUGGACAUUCAACAAGUAGAUGAUCAGCUGGACACAACCCAAGAGGUUGAGAUUGAUGAGGAAAUUAAUGGAAAGGAUGGGGAGAGUCUUGGGGAUGGGGCAACAACAUUUGAUGGGAGUAGCCAUAAGGAGAGCGACAACAAGGAUUCUGCCAAUAACGACAAUCCAAUACAAGAGAUGAAUGGCUACAUGGAGACAGCUCCCGAGAAGGAAAAUCACCAAACAGACUGCACAGAGGCAGAAAAGGCCUUCAACAACUCAGACACUGUAAUUCUCGAAACUAACCGAGGUCCCUCACAUGAUGAAAUCACAUCUGAGGUAUCCAAAGCUCAGGGGACCAAUGAUGUCAAAGUCAGAGAGGACAGGGAUAUUUUGUACAUGGUCAACAGUUGCUCAGCAAAAACCCUAGAGAAUGAAUCUUCAGAGCUAGUGGGUGAUGGAGUUGAGCUAAAGGACAUGAGAAUCCAAGAGAGCAGUCAUCUGGAGUCUGAGGGCCACUGUACAGAGCAGAACAUCUCAUUAGCCCAGGAGGGUAAUACUGAGGCCUCAGAAGUGAGCCAGGAAUGGGAGGCCCAUGGGUUCACUGUUGCUACAAACCAGACUGUGAGCCCAGAGAUGGAGCCCUAGAUAUUAGGCUGCUGCAUGCACUCUGAACGUGAACAAUGGAUAGUGGGAUGUCUUCUGCCAAAGACAGAACCAGUCUUUCACUCACCCUGCACGCCUAUUCUCACACUCCAGCUGAGCUCUGCUUUGCUUGCGUUGAUGAACUUCCUCUGUUGGGCAGCAGAGAGUGCUUAAAGUCACAGUAAUACUUGAGUCUAUGGGUGAGAAUUUCCCCAAGCUGACAAGUCCAGUGUAUCACGCUUCGUAUUUGGUCAUUGACUUUCCUCAAGUCUGGCACUUUCAUGUGUUCCUCUGUAUACCCUGUGAACUUGUGCCUAUAAGGGAAUUAGUCCAUUUAAACUCAACCGGCUGUGGUGCCCCAAUGGCAUUAAUGUGACGAUUAUUUUGUCCGUUAAUCCACAUGCCGUAACACUGUAUGCUUGACUAUGAGGGGCAAACAUGUCCCAACCUGCCCCAAGUCCCUCUGAUGCAUGUGCCCAUCUGAACACCUGCCUUGAUGAAGCAAAACACCCUUCAACUGAUCAGCAGCAAAACCGAGGCCCUGCUUGUUGGCACCCACUGUCAGGUCCAGCACUCACCAAUAACACACCUCACCAUAGCAGGACAGAACACGCCUCUCUCCCCCUCAGUUUCCAGUCUGGGUGUAAAAGCUUGAUUCCUCCCUGACCUUUGACAGCCACGUCAAACAACCGCGUAAAGCGCCAUUCCAUCUCCUCACGGCUGAACUACCUCGACACACUCUUCAUCGGGAACCCAGGCAGGAGUCUCCAAAAGCUCCAGUACAUCCUGAACAGAGCUGCCAGGAUCCUGAUGAGAGUGCGGAAACGCCAUCACAUCAACCCCAUCGCGGCAUCUCUCUGCACUGGCUCCCCAUCUCAUUACGGAUUGAAUUCAAAACCCUCCUGCGGACAUUCCCGUGUGUUCAUGGCAAUGCCCCUCCUUUAUCUAAAAAUAACUACUAUCCCUCCAUAACCCCACCUGCACCCUUAGGACAAGCGACUCCACGCCCCCAGGACCAAGCUCAGCUUCUUAGAUAAGGAAAGCUGGGCUUGUCCUUGUCCCUUGUAGCGUCAACUGUGUUCUUUGAGUCAGUUGCCUGGUCUAGUUGUCCCAAAAAACGUUAUUUGUUUUUAAAUUUAUUUAAUGCACUUUGAGAUUAUUCUGUAUAAUGAAAGUGCUUUACAAAUGUAAUUUAUUAUUAUUAUGUGAUCCAUAACUGUCGCAAGGAAGUCGUGAUUACGAAUUUGAAGUCCGUGAAAAGUUGUGUUGCUAUCAACUUUGACUGUGUUUUAUUAAUAACUUCCAGCAAAAAGUGUCAUCCUGCAUGCAUUCCCUUUGCUGACGUGGGUGAUUUCUUGGUUCAGCUUGGAUAAACAGGGAUGAGGGUCGUUCCACCUCAAAAAGCACAAGUAAGAGGAUUUCGACACCCACCAUCUCAGAUUGUGUUGUAAAUCGUUUCUGUAGUUAGAAACAGAUCAGAUUAGCGUUCCUGAAACAUUAUUUUGUUGAAAUAUAUAUAAUAUAAUUUAAUAUCUGAGAAAUUAAAAGCCCAAUGCAGUCAUGUUUAUCUCGGUAUCAAAUAUUUUCUGGGUAGCAAUUAAGUACCUUACUGUGAUUGUUUUAAAUUAAAAUGGUAAAAAAAUAGCUCCUUAGCAAAGGAGCCAUUUCUCAAGCAAGAAUUUGGAGAGUGGUCCCAGUGGGGAGGGAAAAACUGAAAACUAGCUGUUGGCAGAGGUGUUUGGAACUCUUUCUUAUUGGUCUAUUAACUUAAUUACCGCCUGGUGACGUCACCAAGCAGGCCUAAACUCCAUCCCAGGCUAAUCUUUUCAAACAGCUCUUACACUAAAAGGCCAUUAUCAUUUUCCGUGUUCUUCCAACCUCAUAGUGUAUUAUUCUAACCUCAUAUAUUUGACUGCACCCCCGCCCACAACAAGUAGUGUUCCAAGCUGCAGCUCCAUACUGCUUGUCAGACAUAACUGAUACUGGUUGUUGGGGUGGGAGGUGUGUGGGGGUUCCAUUGGUGGCUAUUUACCACUUUAAUGGAUUCUUCAUGUCUUGGAUUGGAUGGAUGUACUAUAUUUUUGAAUAUGAUGUGAAUCCUAAAAAUGUUAAGGGCCAAUUUGGGUGCCAACAAUUAUCUUACAUUGUCAGAUCAAAUUAAAUGUCAAUGAAAUAAUGUUGAAGUAUUGCUAAUCUUAUCUAUUUCUAAUGUUCUGAAAUAGUUUCUGUAAAUCUGAGAUGGUGGGUAUCAUGGCUUGCCAUGUUAGCCAAUUGAGCCGAAGGCUGCAUGGACCCUAGCUUUACUAAGCUCUCUGUCCUCGGGGUGGAGUUAGUUACAGUAUAUAGGUAUAGUAAACGGUACUCAACACUGGUAUCUUUGUAAAUUGUCAACAUGUUACACCAAUGCUGUCAGAGCGAACAUAUGCUUUUAGUGUCUUCCCAGGGAUGCUUCAUUAUUUUAUUUCAAGAUGAGCUGUUUGUAUUUUUCAACACUGAGAAAAGGGACCAUUUUAUUAUUUAUGUUUUGUGUGGGCAGACAACUACAUUUAGAUACUUGUAGUGCAUUUGAAAUUAUGACAGGAUCACUGUUCUACUGGGUAUGUGGAACAUGAUGUGGGGUAGGCUACUAGAGGAAGCAUAGAGUGCAGAUUUAACUAUAGCCAACCUUCUGUUAGACCACAUUGUCUGGUAACAUUUCUGGUAUCAUGCUUCCCUUUAUUCUUUCAUCAGGCUAUGUUUGUUCCCAUAUUCUGCAUUUUAACAGUUGCAUUAGUUAUUUUAAGUGGUAGAUGGUUCCCAGACACAUGGUUUUAGAUUUUCAAUGUUAUGUAUUUUAGACACAUGCAUUUACACGGGCAAUAUUAUACCAAUGAUCUAAAAUAGUCAACAACAACCUAGGAAUGCACCUAUUGACAAUGUUUUAUUUUUAAUAUCAUUUUAAUUGGAAAUAAAAUGAUAGUCCCCCCCACA